CAAGGUCAGAAGACGGACAAUACAUACUUUAAAAAAAACGGUAUACCAACAUCGAUGUUUUCUCCGAAAUUAUGCUGCAUAAAGGGAUUUUCAAGCAGUCAUCUUCUCGCUCUGAAGUAUUUUAAGUGUACUCUAAUCGCCUCGUCUUAUUGCACAGUCUCUAAUACGCUUGCAGCACAAUGUAAAUCUGCACCUCGGAGGCAAGUCUGUAAGACUGUACUGAAGCAUUUUGAUGCACAGUACAGUGAAGAGCUAGGAGAGCAGUGGCGUAGUGCAAGGGAUGUGCUUCUGAAUCCACUCUCAUGGCAAUACGGUGUCCUGCUUAAUCGCUUCAGUGACCUUACAAACCUCAAGCAGUGUCUCACAGCGCUUGGAUACGCAAACCUCCUUCCACAGACGACACAUCCUGAAUCCCAGUCCCAUACGACACACAUCCCCCUGCAGUGUUUUAUUCAUCGGGAUCCAGUGCGUAUUCCCACCCAAGGCCACCACCCAGGCUGGUUAAAGCAGUACUACCUCCUGAAUGCAGCCUCUCUUCUCCCAGUACUGACUUUGAAUGUGAAGGAAGGAGAAAAUGUGCUUGAUCUCUGUGCAGCUCCUGGGGGGAAAAGUCUGGCCAUAUUACAGACAGCCACUCCUGGUCUCUUGCACUGUAAUGAGCUGGAUAAGCACAGAUAUGAUUGGCUACUGAAGACUCUGGAAUCAUAUUUUCCUCCUACACUACGACAUCUGCUUUCAGUGACUCACCUGGACGGCCGGUGCAUUGGGAGCGUGCGGCCAGGGGCUUACGACAAGGUGCUUGUUGAUGCCCCGUGCUCUAAUGACCGGAGUUGGCUUUAUACCCCUGAUACCCACCAAGGGGAAAUGUGGCUGAAGGAGAGAACUCAACUACCACUCUUACAGAAGGAGCUGCUCUGUUCGGCACUAGCAGCAGUGCGUCCUGGAGGAGUGGUUGUCUACUCCACUUGCACCAUGUCACGAGCCGAGAACCAAUCAGUUGUGGAGGCGGUCCUUGCGUCUUAUCCAGGGGUGGAGCUUCUGGACCUGGAGCAACAGUUAAUUGACUCUCUAUCUGAUCAUUUCUACUUUGCCCACCUCCAUCCUUCAGUGGGACAGUUAGUGAUCCCGCUAAAGGGUAAAACUUGGGGACCUAUGUAUGUUUCUCGAUUACGGAGAAUAUAUUAAAAACGUACAUAGGGCCAUGGUGCAGCAUGCAGUUGUACUUUUAACACAUCAGAGCUGGGGUGUUCGCAUGGGUUUGAGUCAUGACUGUCCUAGCCCUCUUCACUAAACAAAC